AUGUCACAAACAACAGACAUCCUCAUCAUCGGUGCGGGCAUAUCUGGGGUCGGUUUUGCCGUGCAAUUAGUUCGGCAAUUCGGAAUCAGAAGCUUCACACUCAUUGAGAAAUCCGAUAAUAUUGGUGGGACAUGGUGGGUAAACUCUUACCCCGGCUGCGGCUGUGAUGUCCCGUCUCAUUUCUUCUCCUAUUCAUUUGCGCUGAAGCCCAAUUGGUCUCGAAGAUUUGCUUUGCAAUCUGAAAUACAUGAGUAUUUCACAGAGGUAGCCGCUCAGUACGAAAUUCACAAACAUGUACAAUUGGCAUCUCUUGUCGAGAAAGCUUCUUGGGAUGAGGCAAUGGGAACUUGGAGCGUCAUGGUUCGAGACCUUCAAUCGUCAACAGUGACAGAAUAUCGCAGCAAAAUUUUAAUCUCCGCUGUUGGAACACUGUCUGUCCCGGAAAAAUGCACCAUCCCAGGCGCCUCAAGCUUCGAAGGGAACAUGUUUCACACGGCGCAGUGGGACCACACGUUUAAUUGGAAGGAUAAAGAGCUUAUUGUCAUUGGAAAUGGAUGCUCUGCGACACAAAUAAUUCCAGAGAUAUCCUCCGGCCCUGGAGCGGCCAAAAUGGUAACGCAGUUCUCUCGACAAGCACAUUGGCUGGCUGAGCGCCCCAACCCAGAGUACUCUGCGUUGUUCAAGUGGACGAUGAAAUGGGUCCCUCUAGCGAUGCGUCUCUACAGAGCCAAAUUAUACUGGGAUCAAGAAAAAGAUUUCAAGGGAUUUGACAUAGAGACUGGUGCGGAAAUCCGCAAUGGCUGGUCAAAAGAUGCUGCCGCCUACAUUCGUGCUAAUGCACCCGCAAAGUAUCGAGACUUCCUUGUUCCCAAGACCGAAAUCGGAUGCAAAAGACGUGUUAACGAUACCGGUUACCUCGCGAGUCUGCAUCAGGAGAAUGUCAAUCUUAUAUAUGACGACCCAAUUGAACAAAUAGUACCAACUGGAGUUCGCAUGAAGUCCGGAAAGAUUAUCCCUGCGGAUGCAAUUGUACUUGCUCAGGGUUUUGAAACCCAAAAGCCGUUUGGAUCUUUGCAAAUCUUUGGAGAAAGAGGAGUUAGCAUCCUAGAACAUUGGGAUCGAGUGAGCGAGGGUGUCCCUUCUUCCUACCUAGGAACAUGCCUGUCAGGAUUCCCAAAUUUCUUCAUCAUGAUGGGUCCCAAUACCCUCAGCGGCCAUCUCUCUGUUAUCUAUACUACGGAAUGCCAGAUCAAUCUUGCAUUGCGCAUCAUAAGGCCUAUUUUGAAUGCCAUGCGCACCGAUACAUCAAGCUUGGUCGUUGGCCGGCCUUCACGGGACAUUGUUACCGUCAAGCCUUCAGCGGAGAAACGAGACAUUGAAAUGGUACAAGAAAUGGCCAAAAAGCUCGUCUGGGCAUCAGGGUGCACGUCAUGGUUCAUUGAUGGGAAUACUAAGAGGAAUACUAUCAUGUUUCCCGAUUGGCAGUAUAAGUUUUGGUUGAGGAGUAUUUUCGUUGCCUGGGAUGAUUUCGCUUACCGCACCUCGGCAACAUUUCGCAAAGGAGUGGCGAAGUUUAAAAACGAGAAGAAAGAGUAA